AUGUUGGCUUCAUCGGCUCCUUGGGAAGCGGGUCGUUCGAACCGUUUGCAUGGUGUGGCUCUCUCUGUUCUGAGGAAGGCCUUACGUCAUGUUCGUGGCCGUAUACCAGAUGAUGAUGGAGAGUUCGGCCUUCUCUUGGACUAUUUGUCGUUUAUUCUCAACUCCCGCCCAUUGGGACGUCUUGUUGAGAUUGAUGCGAAGACGAGGCCUGUGACACCAGAUUUGCUGGCAUUUGGUUAUGAAAAACAAGUUGGUCCUCUUCGAGUAUUGGGUUUUCCUCUCAAGUGUUUUCCUGCCAGAGAUGCCUUGGCCUUCCGUAAGUAUUAUCUUGAAACCUACUGGCGGUCUUUGCGAACUCAUGUUUUGGAGACUCUUGGUAUUGGUAAACAGCGUCGCUGGUCUCCGUAUGUGGGCGAACCUGUUGCAGUGAUCCGCCAACGUAUGCGUAAGGCGGAUCUUGGUAGUUGCUUAGGUUUUGUUGAUGCUAUAAUGUCUGGUAAUCGUGUGAUGGUAAUUCUCCCAGGUGGUCGUAAGCAAAUGGAGUCUAUCCACAACUUGUGCCCCUUCGAGCAGACUGGUAGGUCAGCUGAAGAUUUUAUUGGCCCAAGUCGUGUGGGGGCUCGUAUAUCGGUGAGAAUUGCUGAUAUUAACGGCGACAGCGACCUUUAUACUGGAACGAUUCGUCGUGAUGAGACUGUGAUGUCUCCUGAGGAUCCUCGUGGUCGUUGCCUGGUUACUUGGGAUGAUGGUACUGAGCCAGAAUGGCUGACCCUGGGAGAGGAACAGUGGGAGUUCUCUGAUGAAACUA